AUGUUAGGGUUAGGAACACUCUCUGGUCUCUGUUCAACGAAGAUAAUAAAAUGGAGACAAAAACAGAAGCUUAAGAAGCAUCGUAGCGCCGGAUCCGCCGCGUUACCUGUGGAGAAGUCGAUUGGUAAACAGCUUAGAGAUACUCAGUCUGAAAUCGCCGAGUAUGGUUACGGACGGAGAUCAUGCGAUACAGAUCCAAGAUUCUCAAUUGACGCCGGAAGAUUCUCGCUUGACGCCGGUAGGGUUUCGGUGGAUGAUCCUCGUUACUCGUUUGACGAGCCACGUGCAUCUUGGGAUGGAUAUUUCAUCGGAAAAACGUCUGCUCCGCCGCGAAUGCCUUCGAUGUUAUCAGUAGUGGAAGAUUCUCCGGUUCGUAAUCACGUUCUCCGGUCAGAUACACAAAUUCCGGUGGAAGAAUCAUUACCACGAACACCACCAAGACCUGUAAUUGAUGAGAUAGUUCCUGGUGGAUCUGAACAGACACGAGAGUACUAUACCGAUUCAUCUUCACGGCGGAGGAAGAGUCUUGAUCGAUCUAGCUCCACUAGGAAGUUAUCUGCUUCUGUAGUGUCUGAAAUCGAUGAAUUAAAGCACUCUGCUUUAAAGACUAGAGUAUCUGCUUCUCAAGUUAGGGAAGGAAAAGACUCGAUUUCGCACUCGCAUUCGCAUUCGAAUUCACUUAGAGACGAUUGUUCUGUCGAGAAUUUCGAUAUCGGUGUCCGAGAAAACGCAGGAACUGUCGAAUCCAGCAAGAAAGGAAUGAAGAAAUCUAAGAGAUGGAAUACGAGAAAAGGGUUUGAUCCUAAGAUGAUGAGGAGUAAUAGUAGUGUGAGUUGGAGAAGUUCCGGGACUGGAGGAGGAGGGGUUCGACGGAAUAGUGUGGAUGGAUACGUUAGUGGGAAGAAGAAAGUUAGUAGUAAUGGGAGAAAGAUUGAGAAUGGAAUGUUGAAGUUUUACUUGACGCAGAGUAAAGGAAGGCGAAGAGGAAGCAGCGAUGCGACCGGAACGACGAACCGGCCGGUUCCGGCUUCUAAUCCGUUGGGUAGAAAUGUCAUGAACAGUUACUGA